AUGGCUCAAAGUAAAAGUAAUCCUCCCCAAGUGCCUUCUGGCUGGAAGGCUGUUUUUGACGAUGAAUACCAAACUUGGUUUUAUGUAGAUUUGUCUACAAACAGCUCUCAGUGGGAGCCACCAAGGGGAACAACAUGGCCAAGACCUAAAGGCCCUCCUCCAGGUGUUAACAAUGAGAAGGGUUCCCGUCAACAGGCAGAUCAAGCUCCUCCACCUUAUUCCUCUCAAUCAACACCACAACCACAAUCACAACCACGAACCCAAGCACAGCAAUCCCGCUACUAUCAGCCCCAACAGCCCCAGUAUCCUCAAUACCCUCAACAACAGCGUUACUAUCCGCAACAAGUCCCCAUGCCAGCAGCAGCACCACAGCAAGCGUACUAUGGAGCUGCUCCAAGCACCAGUAAAAGUAGCGGACAUGGCGGUGCCAUGAUGGGUGGUUUACUUGGUGUUGGUGCUGGUCUGUUAGGUGGAGCCAUGUUGGAACACGCAUUUGACGACCACGACUAUGACGCGCCAGACAACGUCGUUGUUGAGAACAAUUACUACGGUGACGACGCCGGUGGGUUCGAUGGUGGAUUCGAUGGUGGGUUUGACGGUGGUGAUUUUUAA